UGGAGUGUAGGGGGGGGGAAGGGAGAGAAGAGGCUUAAAGAGACAACAGCCGCGGGAGGAAGCCCACAAUGGAGCGGCUGGCGGGGGGCCGGGGGGCUGGCCCCCGCCUCUGAGGGGCCCCGAGCAGUUGGGAGCCGAAGGAUCUAAGCUGGCAGGACCAUCUCCACAGAAUGCGCUCUUCACCAAAGAGCGGGCCGAAGCAGGCGAAGAUGAGAAUCCCAGCGGGACCUUCAAAAGCACUAACAUUGCAGUAGCCCGGCGCCUGUGGGUGGCAGUGACCCCCCCAGUCCCCUCCCCUCCAUCUCAGACCGUGAUGGUGUAUUGACCGAGAAGAGCCCUGCUUUUUUUUAUUUUUCCUUCCCCUCCCUCCCCCCUCGAGUUUCGGUGGCUUUGGGAUUUGUAUGGCAGCGGCGUAACCGUGGAGAGGCCGGGGUAUCACAAACUUAUGGAUUUUGAUAAGAGAGGAGGGAAAGGGGAGACAGAGGAAGGCAAAAGAAUGUCCAAGGCAGGUGGAGGAAGGAGCAGCCAUGGGAGCCGGAGCGCAGGGACUAACUCUGGAGUCUUAAUGGUGGGCCCCAACUUCCGUGUCGGGAAGAAGAUUGGAUGUGGCAAUUUCGGGGAGCUCCGUCUAGGGAAGAAUCUCUACACGAAUGAAUACGUAGCUAUAAAAUUGGAACCGAUAAAAUCCCGAGCCCCACAGCUGCAUCUGGAAUAUCGGUUUUACAAACAGCUCGGAAAUGCAGAAGGAAUUCCUCAGGUUUAUUACUUUGGGCCCUGUGGGAAGUACAACGCCAUGGUGCUGGAGCUGCUGGGACCCAGCCUGGAAGACCUGUUUGACCUGUGCGAUCGGACCUUCACGCUCAAAACCGUCCUGAUGAUAGCGAUACAGUUGAUCACGCGGAUGGAGUACGUUCACACCAAAAGCCUGAUCUACAGAGACGUCAAGCCGGAGAACUUCCUGGUGGGGCGGCCGGGCAGCAAGCGUCAGCACACCAUCCACAUCAUUGACUUUGGCCUGGCCAAGGAGUACAUUGACCCCGAGACCAAAAAACACAUCCCCUACCGAGAGCACAAGAGCCUGACGGGGACGGCGCGAUACAUGAGCAUCAACACACACCUCGGGAAAGAGCAAAGCCGCAGGGAUGACCUGGAAGCGCUAGGGCACAUGUUCAUGUACUUCCUGCGGGGCAGCCUCCCUUGGCAAGGGCUCAAGGCUGACACGCUGAAGGAGCGGUAUCAGAAGAUCGGAGACACCAAAAGAGCCACCCCCGUCGAAGUCCUGUGUGAAAACUUCCCAGAGGAGAUGGCGACCUACCUGCGCUACGUGCGGCGGCUGGAUUUCUUCGAGAAGCCGGAUUACGACUACCUGCGCAAGCUCUUCACAGACCUGUUCGACCGGAGUGGCUACGUCUUCGACUACGAGUACGACUGGGCCGGGAAGCCGCUACCAACUCCAAUCGGCACAAUCCACAGCGACGUCCAGGUGCAGCCUCCGAACAGAGACAAAGCACAGCCACACACCAAACACCAGGUAAUGAGUUCCACCAACGGAGAACUGAACACGGACGACCCAACCGCGGGACAUUCGAAUGCCCCGAUCACGGCACCUGCCGAGGUGGAGGUAGCGGAUGAUACAAAGUGCUGCUGUUUCUUCAAGAGGAGGAAGAGAAAAACCAUCCAGCGCCACAAGUGAUCUGCCAGGGACAUCACGGAUCGGUUUGUGCCGCAUCGCCUCUGACUCUGGCUAUGGGUCUAGAUUCCUGAUCAGAUCUGCAAGGCCUUCCUGCCCUCUGAUUUUGAUGAGGGUGGGGGAAGAGCCGUCAUGACUUCACCGCCCAGCACCACGUGUGUGGAUGGGGAGGGGGGGAGGGAAGUUCCCAAACUGCUUUACUUUUCCUCCACCACCACCACAUCCACCCGGUGGUCGUUUACUCAAACCAAGUCAGACUUUGCCGACGUUCCCACGCCCGCCUGUCGUGCAGUCCACGGAGAGCAUUAAGCUAUUUAAAAACGGAAACCAACCAACCAAACCCACGACGUGAAUUUCUUUUGAUUCUAUUAACUAGUUUGAAAACGGGGAUCAACUCUACAGACUCGAAAAACGUUGCUGGCGUAGAAGAAGCCGAAGACAAUUUCAAGAGCGGUGGGCUAUGGAGAAUUUUUUUUUCCCUGUCGCUUCUUUAUCUCCGAAGUUAAUUUAAGUCUCGGUGCAGAGUGCUGAGUUGUCAGUCUUUGACCUUCCUCUUUUUAGUGUUACGAAAUUCUGCUUUUCUUUUAAAGAUUGUGUUUUCCCUGUGAGCUCCCCCUCCCCCAUUUGGUUAAAAUUCUUUCCUUGUGGUGGCGAACAGUCGCUAUGUUAGCCGAGUCUCUGGUACGGUGACGCGUGGAGGAGGGACUCGUCGACACUUUCGUUUUACGAUGCACUUUUGCUAGCAAUACAAGCGAUGUUUGGUCUUGAAAUUAACAGUUUAGUAAUUAACUGGGGAAAGCAGGUGGGGGGAGGGGGGGAGCCGAAUUUAGGGUCUCAGGAAGGGUUGGGAGCUUAUCGGAACCCUGAAGCCACGCCCUUGGCCAUUUGAAAUGGGCAACCUACCUUGGGGGCACCUGGCCAAGACCAAAGGGAAACUUGAUGUUAAAGAGCAAGGUAGAAAAAGGAUGUCUUAAUGGUCCCUGCAGUGAGCCUUGGGGUGGGGAUUGUUUCCUGGCGCCCAGGACAGCCUAGGACGUUUUUAUUGAGCACGGGAUAGCUGAGUCCUGCUUAUUCUCCUGGCAUGAGAGUUCAGUGUCUUCGUUUUAUGUGAAGUUGCUUAACUGGACUCUUUUUUUAAAAAGACUUUCCUGGUGUCCAGGCCCCCAGCCCCGUGAAACUCCCCGUAGCUGAUAUUCUGAUCAGCAGGGACCUCCCAGGAGGACCAAGGGCCUUCUAAAUGAACCAAAACCAAGCCAGUGCAGUAAGGAAGCAGUGUGCAUGUUCCCUGGGGGGAG